CGAUGGUUGCGUCGACGAUUUUGUAGGAUGUGAGGAAAGACUUGGGUUUGAAGGCCGACACUGCUUUGGGAGUGAUGAUGUUAUUUCUACCAGACUAUAGAAGACUUCAAGAGGAGCUAAUUAAAGGCAAGGACGAAAGCACGACAUAGCAUUAACUAGAACGGAACUCGAGCUAAAGCUGUAAAUAGAAUAAACGUCAUAGUGUCGUUCAGCUCCGCCAGAUUCCUCAAAGCACUUACGCCACGUGAUGGCGUUUUCGGUAAACAGAGCGAGUUAAUAACUGAUGGAUUAAAUCUCUACGGACUAUCGAUGAUAUUUAUAGUGGGCUGAAGGGGCCUGUUGAACUCACUUGACAACGAGAGUCAACGACCUGAGAAUCUUCACAACGAAUCCGUGCGAAGUUCUAAGGAACUGUUACUGAUGAGUCUGCGUUGUUAGCACGCGGGUUUCUCCAGGACUAUAUUUUUAGAAUCGUUUAAAUAAAACUAUCGAAAGACCUUGCUCUCAUACGGACUUGAAUCCCAAAUUCCUGGAGGAUUGGAUUGAGUUUAUUCGACGUCAACAUAAAACGUUUUAACAUUCAAAAUGUAUCAUACGCCUAACUUCUAUAAUCGGGUUCUGGAAGUCAUCUCCAAGCCAUCAACGUUAAGGACAGACUUCGAAGUUUUGCCUCUCCUACCAUGGUUUCGAAAGAAAUCGGACAUUAUCAGCCCUCUGAAUAAUGAAAUACUCCUCGACGUCAUCAAACAUUGCCAGUUCGUCAGCAAGAAACAGCAUGAUGUCAUCAUAAAACAGGGAGAAAAGGGCGACUGUUUUUACAUCACCUUGCAUGGUAAAGUAACCAUCUACAUCAAGUAUGCCAAAUUAACUGAUGUUGGCGACGAAUCUUACGGCGAACAGGCCCAGCAUUUCGUCCAACCGGACAUUGAUGAUGACGUUAGAAGAUGUUCCGACAGGUCAAAACUUGGCACAUUCGUCUGUAGUUUAGGUCCGGGAGACGCUUUCGGCGAGGUUGCCCUGCUCAGUGAAGACUGUAUCCGUACUGCCUCAAUCGUCGUAGAUGAGCACACAGAUCUGAUCUGCAUAGACCGGGCACUCUAUAACCGGUCGGUCAAGUCCGUGCUGCAGGAGGAGUUCGAGGACAAGGCAAACUUUAUAGCCACGAAUCCGUUCUUCUCGAACUGGGCACCUCGGUACAAGAAACAGUUAGCCAUGGCAUUUAGGAAGGAGACGUACGUAUAUGAGACAGUCAUAGCCAAACAAGGCGAGCCGGUGACUGAUGUAUAUUUCAUUCUAAGUGGCGAGGUCAAGGUCACAGUCAAUCCCACAAUGCACCACUUACAGUAUCCAGAUUUGUACGAGGAAAACGCCAUCAACAAAAUCAAGGAUUCUGAUUUAUUUCCAGAAAACAAUGGUCGUACAAAAUCGGAAUACCAGCGAACGCGGUUGAACUCCGCGGCAGCGCAUGCUCAGAGUCGAAAAUCAGCAUCUGGAAGUAAGAGACAGUUGGAUGUCUGUUUACUGGGCAAAAAUGAAAUUAUUGGUGAUAUGGAGGUCCUUCUUGAUAUGGACACGUUCAUGCAAACGGCCGUAUGCAACCAAAGAACAAAGGCAUUGGUGCUUGAAAUGAAACAUUGGGAGAGGCUGCUAGUGCGGCGGAACCCGCAGACAGUAGACCAAAUAAAACACGCCAUGGCGCUGAAAGCACAAAGCAGAAUGAACCCGGCGUUAGAGAAUGUUGUCCCUCUUUUCAAAUACGUCAUUAAACGGGGGAAGGAACUUCGGGACGAUAGACUUAGUCAUGCUCAGAGAGAGUUGCGAAGAGCUAGAAUGGAGUCGUUCACGCUUCCGCCGAGAGGUGCUCUGAUAGAUCUCUUCGGCCCUGGGACAGUUUUCUACCGGAUACGAAAGCGGGAGGAAGCCCGGGAGAAACGCAGCAAGGCCAUACAGCAAGUAAAGGAGACUUCUUCCCAUUCCCGCUUCAUGCCGCCAGUCAACUCGUCUAGUUUUGUCCAGGGAGGUGACAAUAAGUACCGGGUCACUUUAUCCCGAGUGUCCGAGAGAGUGACCAUUGGUGAAGACGCAUUCUAUGACGUGGAGACGAGUGACCCGGUACUGAGUGAUCUUGAGAGACGGCUCAGUAACUGGUUAGGUGGGGAGAAGCCCGCUAAGGAGCGAGUGACCAAGAUGCAUCGCUAUGAGAGCGUGGAUCCUGAAAGACAGCCUAAAGGUGGUGCCACAGUUGUACUUCGACCGAAAAGUAGCACUUUUCCUUAUAAACCUGUCACACCUUUGGAGGCAGUGGCCGUGGCAAACGUCAUGAGCGUAGAUGACCGGGGCCAAACGAAUCCUACCGUAGUGAAACAAAAAGGCCAGUGACUGAGUCGAAGUGAUAGUCCGAUAAUACAUUGUGUAUGCACACAUGCAUGUCGAUGGCGAUGUGAUUUCGCAACCGACCAACACGUCUAUAACGUCAGCUCUACCAAAUGUGGAUACAUGUAAACUGUUUUUUCUCACCAUACCAAUGGACAGUCGUCGUUUAUCCGUUUGCUAAGAAUGCAUGAGGGGGGGA